UCCAUUUGCCACCAGGUCUUCGUGCUGCGUACUAGUGGGAAGGUGACUUUUCAUUCAGAAUUGAUCUUCAGGUUUACUAUCAGUGUAAUUUUCUAUAAUGGCUGUUAGUGAAGGUGUAUUAUUGGGUCUUGGCAACCCACUGCUAGAUAUUUCAACUACCUGUGAUAAAGAUUUUCUUGAAAAGUAUGGAUUGAAGCCAAAUGAUGCCAUUUUAGCUGAAGAGAAACAUCACAAGAUGUACACUGAAAUGGUGGAAAAAUUUGAUGUAGAAUACAUUGCUGGUGGUGCGACACAAAACACAAUCAGAGUGGCCCAGUGGAUAUUAGGUGUUCCAAAUGCUACAUCAUAUUUUGGUUGUGUUGGUAAAGAUAAAUUUGGUGAUACGUUGAAAGCAAAGGCAGAAGAAGCAGGAGUGCGGGUUCAUUAUCAGUAUGAUGAGAAGGAACCUACAGGAACUUGUGCUGUUCUCUUGACCGGUCAUGACAGGUCCUUAUGUGCAUACUUAGCUGCUGCAAACUGCUAUAACAAAGAUCAUCUUGUGCUUCCAGAAAAUUGGGAAUUUGUAAAAGCAGCCAAAGUCAUCUAUGUAGGGGGUUUUCACUUGACAGUUGCUCCUCCAGCUAUUCAAGCUCUUGGACAACAUGCUUUUGAGGAAAAUAAGACUUUUUGCCUUAACUUAUCUGCACCAUUUUUAUGCCAAUUCUUCAAAGAACCAAUGAUGGCGGCCAUGCCAUAUGUAGAUGUAUUAUUUGGAAAUGAAACGGAAGCAGCAACUUUUUCUAAAGAACAAAAUUUUGAGACGGAGAACGUUAAGGAGAUAGCUCUGAAAAUGUGUUCCCUCCCAAAGAAGAAUGACAAGAAAUCACGUAUUGUUGUUAUAACUCAGGGAACAGAUCCAGUAUUGGUUGCAAAAGACGGGAAUGUGACAGAGUAUGAAAUCAAUAAAAUUCCAGCCAAAGAUAUUGAAGACACAAAUGGUGCUGGGGACGCAUUUGCUGGAGGUUUUCUGGCACAGUUGGUCCAAGGAAAACCAAUAGAAGAAUGUGUUCGAUGUGGAAACUAUGCUGCCAACUAUAUCAUCAAACAAUCUGGUGUUAAAACACCUGACAAAUGUGAUUUUAAGUGAAUUUUCAAAUCUGUCGGUUGGUUGCAGUAGUACGAACUUGAGGCCAAUAUGUGCCAUACUUGCAACAAAUCUGAAUGAUUUUCUCCAAUCAUGGGCAUGUAGUUUUAAUUAAUAAAUAAUUAACAUGUUUAUUAACUGUGCUGAAUAUCAACAAAAGAAUGUCAUAAAUAAACUUUCAAGAGAGAAAUGUUA